AUGGCUUCUGUUGUUUUUUCCGGUGCUUGUUUACGGGAUGUUUCUGUUACCGAGGUUUCUGUUUCUGACGUUAUUGUUGACGUUUUGCCCUUUGGACACGCUCAUGGACAUCCUCGACAUGGGCACUCUCAUCGGCCGUCGCCGGUUUUAACCCCCUCCUCUGUGCCAUCUCCUGAGGUCUCUACGGUGUCUCUGGAGGUCUCCUCUGGGUUGACUUCGACUUCUACUACAUUCGUCACGGUAUAUGAGACUAGCUUCGCUACGGUUUAUUCUAGCUUCACGACGGUUGUUUCGUCUACGCCGACGGCAGCUCCUACUUUCUCCACGGAAUUUUCUACUUUUUCUACGGUGGUCUCAUCCACCCCGACGGCGGCUUCUACUUUCUCCACGGAAAUUUCUACGGUGGUCUCAUCCACCUCGACGGAAUAUUCUACGUUCUCCACAGUGUCUUCCUCUCCCACCUCUACUACUACCGUGUCUCCCUCCAUCUAUACCUCUAUUGGCUCUACCUCAACAUCUUCUUCCUCUACGGCAUCUUCUGCAGCAUCUUCUUCGACCGCUUCAUCUACAGGAUCCACUUCUAUCCUGCUGCCUCUCUACAUCUGGCCCACCGAUAACACCACCUGGGGCCCCGUCUAUGAGGCCGCAGCUGGAAACCCCGACAUCGAGUUUCAGGUCAUUGUCAAUCCUUCCAGCGGCCCAGGCGAUACCACUUACCCGGAGGCAGCAUACAUUGCAGGCAUUGCACAAUUAAACAGCUACGACAACGUCGUGGUCCUCGGAUAUAUCCCGACAGAGUACGCCACCCGUGAUAUCUCAGAUGUUGAGAGUGACAUCUCUACCUACAGUGGUUGGGCCGCCUACACUGAGAAGAACAUCGCCGUCUCCGGAAUCUUCUUCGAUGAAGCACCACGCACCGAUGACACCUCCCUGAUUUCCUACAUGACCGAGGUCGCGGAUAACGCCCGAUCUCACAGUCUGAACACUGUCGUCUUCAAUCCCGGUACCAAGCUGGAAGAAGGAGCUGUGAAUGGAUACUUUGAUGCUGCGGACUUGAUCGUCGAGUUUGAAAACUCGUACGAGACCUGGAUCACCGCUGUGCCAGCAGACGAGUUCUCCUCUGUGGAGGAUUAUUCCAAGGAUGCUGUUCUUCUCUACAGUGUGCCUAGUAGUGCCAACUACGAGUCUGUCAUUGCUGAAGUGAAGAAGAUGGGUCUGGGCGCUGCAUACCUGACUAACACUGACGAUUAUAAGUCUGCUGAUACCAUUCUCAAGGUUGCGGCUGCUAUGGUUCAGGCGUCGGAGUAA